UAUAAACUGUUUAUAUAAUUUCGUCAAUAAACUAAAAAAAUUGAUAAAAAAGAGGGAUCACGGAGCGUGAACUGCCUUCCUCAUAAAAGACCGUGGAUGUGGUACACCCCAGACUCUGCUGGCUAUAAAGUGUAAGGGCCUAUAGUUUUUAUUUGGAUUUUUAGUUAAAACACUCUGGUUUCGUUUGGCAGAAUCGCAGCUUCACGAGAAGAUGGAAAGCGGGAAAGCGCCGCAUCACGAUAUGGGAGGAACGCCGCCGGUGGCCAAUGUCUCCGGCACACACUUGCAUCUGAUCCACAUGACCUUCUUCUGGGGCAAGAACGCUGAGAUUCUCUUCUCCGGUUGGCCUGGAACAAGCUCCGGCAUGUAUGCUCUCGCCUUGAUCUUGGUCUUUGUUGUCGCCCUGCUCCUCGAGUGGCUCUCUCGCUCAAGCCUCCUCAAACCCGGCCCACACAAUGUCACCACGGGUCUCCUCCAGACGGCGUUGUACGCCAUUCGCUCCGGCUUCAGUUACAUGCUCAUGCUCGCCGUCAUGUCCUUCAACGGCGGGAUUUUUCUCGCCGCCGUCGCCGGUCACGCGCUGGGUUUCUUGAUUUUCGGGAGUCGGGUCUUUAAAAAAACGGGUGUGACGGCUUCAGAUGAGCGGUCGGAUGCCCCUUUGAUGAAGUGAUGGUGUGUUUGGUUAGUUGGAAAUUGAAUGCCAAAAUUUAGUAGGAACGAGAAAAAUCAGUGGUUCAAAAUGCGCAUUCUAAAUACAAUCUUUUUCUGUUUUCCUUUCCAUAAUCAAUCGGCCUUUCAAUUGGGUUUCUAAUAAAACAAAAUGAAAUCAAAUGAAGGAAAAGAAAUAAAAUCAAGAAAAUACAGUCGGGUUUUUGUGAUU